AUGGAUGGAUCACGCCAAGAUGGUAGUGUGGAUUCAUUCUUGCGAAACUAUAAGCUUGGGAAGACUCUUGGCAUCGGUUCAUUUGGUAAAGUUAAAAUUGCCGAACAUACAUUGACAAGGCACAAAGUUGCUGUCAAGAUCCUUAACCGUAAGAAAAUAAAGAAUAUGGAUAUGGAAGAAAAAGUUCGAAGAGAGAUCAAAAUUUUGAGAUUGUUUAUGCAUCCCCACAUCAUACGUCUGUAUGAGGUUGUAGAGACACAUUCAGAUAUAUACGUUGUGAUGGAAUAUGUGAAAUCUGGUGAGUUGUUUGAUUACAUUGUGGAAAAGGGUAGGUUACAGGAGGAAGAGGCACGCAAUUUCUUUCAGCAGAUAAUCUCUGGAGUGGAGUACUGCCACAGGAAUAUGGUUGUCCAUAGAGAUCUGAAGCCCGAGAACCUGCUUCUAGAUUCUAAGAGAAAUGUGAAGAUUGCNGUUAUAUUGAGACAUAUUUUUGGCAUAGAAAGUGAUCGAAUUGGAGAAUGA